AGGUGAUGAGGCUGCUGGACUCCAAUGUCCCUCGGUCUCAGUUGUGGGGUCCACUCUGGAUACGUCGGUGGGACAGAUGAACAUAUCUUCCUCUUCCGGCGUCGGUGCCGGUGAACCUACUACAGCUACUGGAGCAUAUGAUCG